AUGGAAGAGUUGAACUUUGACAUUAAUGCUCUCGCGAAUGAACUAGGUGGGUAUUUAGAAAGGCUAACUAAUGAGCGAAAAUUUGCAUACGAUCAAAUAAUUGGUGCUGUUAGCGGUAAAGUUGUUGUUUUCGGAAGAGAUUUUAGACAAAUUUUACCUGUGAUUCCCAGAGGCUCAAGGCAAGAUAUAAUUCAGUCUUCUAUUAAUUCUUCAUAUUUGUGGCAUAACUGUAAGGUUUUAAAGCUUACAAAAAAUAUGAGAUUGUCACUAGGUGAAAACAACAACAUACAAGAACUUAGAAAUUUUGCAGAAUGGCUACUCAAAAUUGGUGAUGGUUUGGCUGGUGAUACAACAGAUGGUGAAUCGAUCGUUCAUAUACCAUCUGACAUUUUUGUUAAGAACUCUGACACAGCUUUGGAUGACCUCAUUGAUUUCGUAUAUCCAGAUAUGUUAUCCAAUUUAUCCAUUGAAAAUUAUUUCAAGGAUAGAGAAAUUCUUGCACCAACUUUGGAUUGUGUCACUGAUGUCAACAACCAGAUGACUGCAGGGUUACCUGGACAAGAAAGAGUCUUCUUAAGUUCAGACUCUGUGUGUGCUGAGGAGGAAAAUAUGGAAUUUGAGUUAGAUACUUUCUCACCGGAGAUUCUAAAUGGAAUAAAUUGUUCAAGUCUACCACCACACAAGUUGGUUUUGAAGGUUGGCGCUCCUGUUAUGUUGCUGCGGAAUAUAGACCAAACUAAUGGUGUCUGCAAUGGAACGAGGAUGCAAGUUAGAAGAAUGGAAAAUCAUGUGAUAGAAUGCAAGACUUUAACUGGUAACAAAGUUGGAAGUAUCAGAGGAUAUCAUUGA